AUGGCAUUGCUGAAAUUCCUGGGGCAGCAGCUCGAGUUACCUGUAAUACUUCCACGCCCACAGAACUUCGACAAGCUCAGUGUGCGGACUUGCCACUUCACUCCGCUGACCUCUGGGUGCUCACCACUGAAGCGCGACAUCACCGAGUACAUCAAGUCUGGCUUCAUCAACUUGGACAAGCCCGCCAACUGCUCGGCCCAAGAGGUGGCGUCCUGGGUCAAGGGUAUCCUGGACCUGGGGAAGAUAAGUCACUCGGGGACGCUGGAGCCCAAGGAGACAGGCUGCCUUAUCGUGUGUCUGGAGAGGGCCACGCAGCUGGUCAGGUCCCAGCAGUGGGCUGACAGGGAGUAUGUGUGUGUCUUCCGCCUGCAAGAGAAUCUGAGUAGUGAGGAGAGUUUCAAACUGGCAUUGGACAGACUCAAAGGGCCACAGUUUCAGCGACCGCUUCUGAGGCCUUAUCGGUCUUUCUCACCGGCAUUGGCCAGACUCAAGGGGCCACAGUUUAAGCGACUGCCUUGGAAAUCUGCACCCAGGUCGUUACAAGUCAGAAAUGUAUGCAACCUUGAGCUUCUGGAGUUUGACGCAGAGAAAAAUUUGGGUGUGUUCCGGGUGAGGUGUGAGGCCGGCACCUACAUCAGCGCCUUGUGUGUGCACCUGGGCAUUCUCCUGGGCGUGGGCGCGCAGAUGCAGGAGCUGAGGAAGGUGGGCUCAGGCAACCAAACUGAUAAUGACUCUGUGACGCUGCACGAUGUCCUGGAUGCCAAGUUUCUGUACGACCGCUGCCAAGACGAGUCAUACUUACGGAGAGUCAUCCAGCCCCUCGAGGCCCUGCUGGUGAGCCACAAGCGGAUCAUCAUGAAGGACUCGGCAGUGAAUGCAAUCUGCUACGGGGCCAAGGUCAUGCUGCCCGGCGUCCUCCGCUACGACGACAGCAUAGAAAUCGACGAGGAAAUUGUCCUGAUCACUACUAAGGGGGAAGCUAUUUGUCUGGGCAUAGCGCUCAUGACCUCAGCCACCAUGUCCUCCUGUGACCACGGUGCCGUCGCCAGGGUCAAGCGUGCCAUCAUGGAGAGAGACACGUACCCUCACAGCUGGGGACUCGGGGCCAAGGCCAUUGAGAAGAAGAAGAUCAUGGGCGGGCUCCUUGAUAAAUACGGAGAGCCCAUCGACAAGACGCCCGCCGAUAGCCUCGACAACUGUCCCAUGGAGGCGAGCCCUGAGACACCCCAGCGGAGGAAGCGACAACUAAGCGAAGGGUCGGUGGGUAGUACAGCUGUGGAGGGGGCAGGAUCAUCACCUCGGAGCAGCACCACUGUCCCCUUGGAAAGAGGAAAGAAGAGGAAGAAGAAGGAAGCACAGACAGCAGCAGAUAGCCCCCCGGUGCUGGAGAGCGCUAAAAAGAAGAAGAAGAAGGAGGAAAAUGAGGAAUCAACUUCCAGCUUUGUGAGUGGAUCAGACUGAUAAGACUUGGUGCUCAGUUUGCAGUGAAGUGGCGGCGCCCUCUUCAUUGUUUGGGUCCGUACAGUGUCUGUGCUUUCUCAUGGCUGUGGGAGGGAAGAGUAGAAGGAGCGUGAACCAUCAAGUCAACGGCAGUGCCAUUACCCCCACAGUGGUUGUCGCCGAGUGUAGUAUUCAGUUAGUAGUCUGUCAACAGUUUCACUUUUGCUCAACCUGUGGGCUGCCCAGUGUGGCUGUGAUUACUCAAGAGGGUUUCCUUCAUGCUGUGCUCAUUAGACAUAAAUGAAAUUGUGUAGUAUUAGUAAAAAUACUAUCUUAUUAACCCUUAGAUUAUAGGUGUAGCUAUAUAACUACAGAGAAUAAAACCAUUUUUCAUCUAUAGUGAAACCAAAUUGUUGAGUCCGUUUGGGCGUAGGCUCCCGCAGGUCCUUCCCUGCCCUCUGCUCUGCCACACAGUCCCAACCCCUA